AUGGGUAAAGCACACCGUUUAUAUUCUGGAUUUUUCAGCGGUGACUCGCUCUAUGCAAUUCAAUUUGACGAAUCAACCUCGAAUUUGAGUGUGGUCUACAACGGAACCCUGAAUAUUCAGAGCUCCAAGUGGAUUGCUACUGAUAACAGUAAACAGAACCUGUAUAUUGCCGACGAAAGCAACUACCACAGCUAUGGCAUCAAUUCCAACAAAUCACUCGUUUACAAAGGAGGGGUGUCUAUAGCAGACAGCAAUUGCAACAAUGCGAACUACAUCGUCUCUUCUACCGCUAAGCCCUUGACCGUAUUCGGUGCUCCCUACUCAAGUGGCUGCCCAGCCCAAGCCAUCACCGUCACAUCUUCGGGAACCCUGAAAUCCAUCGUGGCAAACAUAUCAUACAGCAGUGCAUCGGGGGUCCAUGGUCUCGCACUCAGCAGUGACAACCGCUUCAUUUACAGCGGCGAUGACAUGGGCGGUGCAGUCUGGGCUCAUUCCUACGAUGCUACCAGCAACAAGGUGUCCAAGAUUCAGCAAAUGAAUGUUACCGGAAAUCCAAGACAUCUAGUAGUAUCUCCGCAAGGAUCAUAUGUCUAUGUCAUGCUCGAGACUGGGAAUGAAGUGGCAGUCUUCAAUAGAGAUUCGAGAACGGGUCGUAUUACUACUACCAAUACUACAUUCUCUACAAUUCCUUCUGGAUAUACAAACACCUCUUUAUACUGGUCCGAUGAAGUAAUGUUCUCUGUCCCCAAAGAAGGAGAUUAUCCCAAAUACCUCUUCGCAACAGCACGGUCGAGAACCUCCACAGAUCCAGGAUUUGUGACUGCCUUUUCUCUAGACAGUACUACCGGGGCGAUCAAAGAGCGACUGUUCUUGACGCCGACAACAGGGUCUGGCGGUGCAGCCAAUGCCAUCUCUCCCGCUACCUUUUCGGAGCAAUACUUUGCGAUUACAGAUGCAGAGAAUAACUUCAUCGAAGUUUGGAAGCUUGACGAUAAUGAGACCUCGGUCUCCGUGGUGGCUCAUUUAGAUACUGAGGAUAGUCCGGCGAAUCUGGUCUGGGUGGACUAG